UCAGGAGGCAUAUAAAGGCACGUAGCAGCGGUGCUGUGGGCAGCAGCUGGUCCUCUCAUCGAGUCUCCUGGUUCAGGACACAGUUAGCUCACUCUUCACCACCAUGGGCUUCAGACCCAGACCUACGCCCUCCUCCGUCAAGGCCAGCCCACUUCACAACCCACGGGUGCUGGCGCUGCUGGCGCUGCUCCUUGUCGCCCUGGCUCCCAUGACCACAGGACAACGGAAGGGAAAUUUAGCGGAUGACGUGGAACCGUAUGUUGAGUUGCGCUGCAGAUGUCCCAAUGUAGUCUCUGGAAUCCCACUCCGUAAUAUCGCCUCCGUGAAUGUGCUCAAGCCAGGAGCUCAUUGUGCCAACUUGGAAGUGAUAGCCACGCUGAAGGAUGGGAGGAAAACCUGCCUGGACCCAGACGCUCCUGCCGUCAAGAAACUGGUCAUGAAAAUCUUGGAAGGCUAUUGACCAGCUGCUGCAAAUGUCGGCUUCCUGCCAAACCAUUUCAGGGGGGAGGAGGGGUGAGGUUUUUGAACUCCGGACUUUCUAGAGUCAUUUUCCAUUCUGGAAUUGGGAUACACUUUCAUUCUUUCUCAGAAAUCACAGUGUAUUCUAAGAAGGUGUUUUGAAGAAUGACACAAAGUAGAUGAAAAUGACACACUAAGUUGUAAUUUAUGGCUUAUUUCUGCAAUUCUUGGCUAAACAUUGUGCUAUAUUUUGCAUUUAUUUAUUUGAAGCUUUCUUUCCAGACACAUUGCGUUAAGUUUUCUUUCUGUGUUUUUUUGAAUUAUUUCUUUUAGUUUUGAGAUUAUAAUGGCACCACUUUCCCCUUUCCUUUCUUCCCUCCAAGCCCUUCAGUAUACCUUUCCUUGCUUGCUCUUGACAAAUUUCACAGUGGUCAGUGAAAAUAGGAAUUGCCUGUAGCCAAGUAGGGUAUAUUUGCUCAGUGGAUUCUUGAGUUUUUACAGUCUCCUUAGCCCUACAAAGCCUGUUUCCAAGCAACCUCUAACAUUUGUUUUAACCUUCAAACUGAACAUAAUAAAGUCAUAGACUCUAA